AGUACAGGGUUGCACGUUCAAAAUUUUUUUCUAGUGUAUAGGUACGUAUCCUCGACGACGUCGUUGUUCCUUUGCAUAAAUUUGUUCAUUAUUUAUUAUUAAAUAAAUCAUCGCUGACCACCAUUGUCUACAACGGUCGAUCAAAGUUCACUUAUUUAUAUACAAACAGCUGGACCAACGAGAACACUGAGUGCUGGCCCGUUGGUGAACACGGUUACCAAACGUCUAUUAAGCGUCUGCCAAAAUUCGAAAAUGCCAGUCAAAAUUGGAGAUAGCGUGCCCAGCAUCAACUUGUACGAAAACACGCCAGCCAACAAGGUCAAUCUAUCUGAGCUGUGUAAUGGAAAAACUGUUAUACUUUUUGCUGUUCCCGGAGCUUUUACUCCUGGUUGCUCUAAAACUCAUUUGCCAGGCUAUGUAGAUUCUGCUACAGACCUAAAAAGCAAAGGUGUUGAUGAAAUUGUUUGUGUCUCUGUAAAUGAUGCAUUUGUCAUGGCAGCUUGGGCUCUAGAUCAAAAAGCUGAAGGAAAAGUACGCUUAUUAGCUGAUCCCAACGCUGAACUAACUAAAGCAUUUGAUCUAGCUAUUGAUUUGCCACCACUAGGUGGCAUUCGUUCCAAGAGAUACUCAAUGUUAAUCAAAAAUGGUAAAGUGGAACAAUUAAAUGUUGAACCAGAUAAUACUGGAUUAUCCUGCUCUUUAGUUAACAAAAUUGUUUUGUAAUACACUUAACAUUUUUAAUAUACUCAUUUAAAAUGUAUUGA